AUGCGGUCCUUGCUGGCGGUCGGUAUCCUCGCUGCGUCGUGCCUGCGUUAUGCGGCCGCAGGCAUACCUGACAAGAUCUAUGGCGUUAAUCUUGGUUCUUGGCUCGUCCUAGAGCCAUGGAUGCUCCCGGCGGAAUGGGCCGCUAUGGGUGGACAGUCAUGCAGCUCCUGCGGGGACUGUAUCGGGUCCGAAUUUACCUUUGCGCAAGCGUACCCCAAGACCGUGGACAGCCUAUUUGACAAGCACUGGUCGACGUGGUUCACUCAAGACGACGUGAACCAGCUGCGUGCAGCAGGUAUCAACACCGUCCGAGUACCGCUCGGUUACUGGAUAGUUGAAAGACUCGUUGAUCGCAAGACGGAGUUUUACCCUCGCGGAGGCAUCCAGCAUCUCCAACGGGGACUGCAGAUGCUCAAGGAUGCAGGAAUCCAGGCUAUCCUGGACCACCACGCUCCUCCCGGCGUACAGACGCCCGGGCAAUCGUUCACAGGCCAUUGCACUUCGGAUGUCGAGUUUUACACGGAGUACAACUACCAUCGUGCACUAGUGUGGACCGCCGUUAUGACUGCCCUCUCGCAUCUGGAUCCUUCAUUCGGUUCCGUCUUUGCUAUUGAAGCAGUCAACGAACCUAUCAUGGACGCCACUCAGACUCCAGGAUACGGCGAUUUCCAGAAGAACUUUGUUCAGGUUAUCCGCGCCGUGGAACUGAUUCUCGGCAUCCCCGUCCCCGGAAUGUCCCUCGACGUCCAGCUGCACACCUCGAACUUCACCUCCGCAAUCACUGCGACUGUAGGCGGGAGCAACAUCUUCAACUCAGAGGUCAAGUCUGCACUCACGGAGGCGGUGCCCAUUCUCGUUGAACUUGGCUUUGAACUUGCCAUCUCCUCCAUAUUCAACUUUAACUCGGCGGCAUCGCCCUUACGCAACACCCGGCAGCCUCUAGUCGCAAACUUCAUGGACAUCAACUGGCAGUUCAACAACCCCGCUAACCCAGCUGACGCUCAGAUCGGGCCGCAAGGGUAUGACAACCACCUGUACUAUAGUUUCGGCGGUGUCGCCGAUGCUAACCCCGACGCUUACCUCGAGAGUAUCUGCAACCUGAACCGCGUCGCAAAUGAUGCUGCCCUUGGAAACAGUCCGCUCUGGUUCGGCGAAUGGGGCUUGCCGACGCAGUUUACCGCGACAGACGACUUCCUCUUCAAGUGGGCUGAUGCUCAAAAGCUCGCCUAUAGCAAGGGCAAGGGAUGGGUUUUCUGGAACUUCAAAGUCGAAAUAUCUCAGCAGGCCGGUGACCUCGCACGGCAGUGGUCCUAUCUAGAGGGUGUCAAACGAGGCUUCUUGACAAAAGAUCCCUCGAAGGUGAACGACCCCAACGUCUGCGCACCUUAUGUGAACGCAACGAGCUCGUAGAAACUGGCAGAGCAUCCGCGCUCAACUGCUCACCAGACUCACGCUUUGUGCUCUCAGUCACCGUAUACGCGUA